AAGUGUGCGCGCGUUUAGUGUAUCGCCGCGUGUGCAUUUUGAAUUUGGAACUUGGAAUAUAUUUUUUAUAAAUAUUUGCAAGACGUUCUGAGGAUUAAAAAAAAUGGCAUGCCCAAUGCGCUCGGUGACCGAUGACUCGGCACAGGAUGGCGAUCACCUGGGCAAUGAAGCUGGUAUGCUCUACGGAGAAUACCUUAUGCUGGACAAACUGCUCAGCGCUCAGAGAAUGCUUAGCGCUGAGUCUUCUAAGCCGGUUCACGACGAGCAUUUGUUUAUAAUCACACAUCAAGCGUACGAGCUAUGGUUUAAGCAGAUAAUAUUCGAAGUGGACUCAGUCAGGUCUCUGCUGGAUGUAGAAGGACUGGAUGAAAGCCACACCAUGGAGAUAUUGAAGAGGCUCAAUAGAGUCGUACUAAUUCUUAAGCUUCUAGUAGACCAAGUGAUGAUCCUAGAGACGAUGACGCCACUAGACUUCAUGGACUUCAGGCAUUACCUACGACCUGCGUCCGGGUUCCAGAGUUUACAGUUCAGACUUUUGGAAAAUAAGCUCGGCUUAAAACAAGCUUUACGGGUAAAGUACAACCAAAACUACCAAACUGUAUUCGGAGACGAUCCAGAAGCUAUGGAGUCUUUACAUAAAUCUGAAGAAGAGCCAGCUCUAUUAGCCUUGAUAGAGCGCUGGUUGGAACGCACACCGGGACUUAUCACCCACGGAUUCGAUUUCUGGGGAAAAUUCCAGGCAGCUGUAAACAAAAUGAUCAAGGAAUCGAUUGAAGAAGCUAUGCGUGAACCUAACGAAACUGUCCGCCGCCACCGUCUGCAAGAUGCUGAGAAUCGUCGCGAGAUAUACCGAUCCAUCUUUGAUCCUGCCGUACACGACGCACUGCGGUCACGAGGAGAAAGGCGGCUGUCACAUCGGGCCCUGCAAGGCGCGAUUAUGAUCACGUUCUACCGCGAUGAACCACGCUUCUCGCAGCCGCAUCAGCUUCUAACAUUACUCAUGGAUAUGGACAGUCUCAUCACGAAGUGGCGUUAUAAUCACGUGAUAAUGGUACAGCGCAUGAUUGGUUCACAGCAACUCGGCACCGGCGGUUCUUCCGGGUACCAGUAUCUUCGUUCAACCCUCAGUGACCGCUACAAAGUUUUUCUGGACCUCUUCAACUUGUCAACGUUCCUUCUGCCACGUUCACUCAUACCUCCCCUGGAUGACGGGAUAAAGAAGGAUCUCAAACUCACCUGGGGAGAUCACAUUAAGGAAAACGGACACAACGUCGAGGAAAAUGGGGACACCCAAAAGAAUGGAGAAAACCAAAAUAAUGGUGAAACCCUGAAGAAUGGGGAAAUCCAAAAGAAUGGGGAAACCCACCUUAAUGGUUUGGAGGCGUUUACAGAUCUGACCUUGAAGGAGACUUCAUAACAGCCACUGUAUCCUACUUAAGCGUUCCCCAAACAGACGCGCUGGCGUUUUUCGUCGCGUUCGCGUUUUGAUUUCGCAGGCGAUAGUUUACCGAAAAUGUCGAACGCGGAAACGGUACGGUCACAAAAUGUUCAUUACUUAAAUAUUGCGAAAUUAAGUUUGUUUGUUAAUUAGGCCUCACUUUACGUCUCAACUAAGCAAAGUUUACUUGGUUUUUGGCAUUGAGUUACUUGAAAUGACGGACUGGCUUCUUUACAUUAUAGUAAAACGAUCGGCUCCCACGGGAUUUGUAAUAAAAGAAUGCAGGCAACGGCUACUAGAUUUCUUAGAUACAUACAAAGCAAUAUGCUCUUUUAUAUACAAUUUUUCUUUUGCUAUUGUUUAAACAUUUUUAAUCUAAGGAGUGUCGGAAAGACUGUGGACACUAUAAUAUGAGGCAGGUACUAAUAAUACAUGAUGCUUGAACGACCUGCCUCCCGCAGUGUUGUGUGCUAUUCUUUUUCAAUAUACAAUUUAUAAAUUCUCUUAUUCUUAUUAUAUUGU